AUGACUCCUACACCGAAGGUUGUCUUGGUUCCAGGGGCCUGGAGCACCCCGGCCUUUUACGACGGACUUGAUACUUGCCUCUCAGAAAGGGGAUUCGAAAGUAUUACUGUGCAGCACCCAUCCACAGGUGCUGAGCCCCCUACUAAAACUUUGGAAGACGACGUCUCCCAGCUACAUGGCACACUUGAGCACCUCUGUGACUCCGGAGAUGAUAUCAUUGUCGUUGCUCACUCAUACGGUGGGCUGGUAAGCUCCGGGGCAGUUGAGGGACUCGAAAGGCCCACACGCCAGAGUCAAGGCAAGAGUGGGGGGGUGUUGACAAUUGUAUACGUGGUCGCCUUUGUGGUCCCAAAGGGUGUUAGUCUCGUUGGAGCUUCCGGGGGACAGUUGAUGCCCUGGAUAAAAGUAGAGGGAAGUUAUGCUUACAAUAACAUCGGCCCCGAAGACGCCUUCCAUGACCUCACACCAUCCGAACGCGACCGGUGGACCGCAUCCCUCACGCAUACCUCCUUGCCGGUCUUUCAUGGUACAGCCUCUCACGAGCCCUGGAGGCUCAUUCCAACUGCAUAUAUCCUUGGGGAAGAGGACCAAAUGCUACCAGUGGCCAUUCAAGAGCAUAUGGUUGGAAUGUUAGGAACGUCAGAGACCUAUCGUCUGAAGACGUCGCAUCACCCUUUCCUAAGCAGACCCCAAGAUGUUGCAGAUAUAGUCGCCGGGCUAUGGUCCAAACUGUAG